GUAGUGAGCUUCCUGUCACUCAUGGCGGCAAGUGCGAGCAACCGUCCUCCUGUUGAGGAAGGCAAGAUGGCCUGACUCGCUGUGCCCCUCGUCUUAUUCUUGGAGGGUGGCCUGCAAGCUCUUUCUUCUCUCUACAUAUGCGAGUCAUCAUCGUGGCCAUUAGUAUGGUCCAAUUUCAAUCGCACCUAUCUGAACCUAUCCACAGGGGCUCCUGGAGCCAGCAUGGGACUCGUGUUCAGAUCUCAUUUGUCCUCGAAUUCCACCAACUCAGUUUUGAGUAUGGACCUUACCGCUUGCGUUCUGGGCAAAGAGGCUGUCCCCAACGGGCGAUCAAGCGUUAUCCUAGGACUGAAAGGCUGCAUCGACGCACUCCAGCACCGAUCAAUUCCGCGGUCCAUCCUCGAGGCUUGAAGGCACAUUAUUGACGAAAGUUCGUGGAGAGAUCUGAUCCUGGAGAGCUUGCCUGAUCUCGAUGGAUCUUUGAAGGAGGUCUAGUGGCUGUGGUAGCUGUCUCGAUCUGUCAGAGGAUUGCGACGGGAGGAACUGCUGGGAGACAAACGGGAGUUGUCGUUUAAGACUACACUUGACGCCGUUUUGCUGGUCACUGGUAUGUUACAGCACUAAUCGGACUGCUUGGCCCCACCGCGGAUUUUCCUCUUC